CCAGAGCACAAUUCCGACAGAGCACCAUCGUAACCAAGCAUCAGGAUCUCUAGGAGGAGACGGGAGGACCAUCAUGGCCUCGGCGGGACUCCAGCUCCUGGCUUUCAUCCUGGCCCUAUCUGGGGUCUCUGGCGUGCUCAUAGCCACUCUGCUGCCCAACUGGAAGGUGAAAGUGGAUGUGGGCGCCACCAUUGUGACGGCCAUUGUGCAUCUGCACGGGCUGUGGAUGGACUGCACGUGGUACAGCACAGGGAUGUUCAGCUGCACCCUGAAGCACUCCCUCCUGUCCCUCCCCUCCCAUGUGCAGGCUGCCAGGGCCACCAUGGUCCUGGCCUGUGUUCUGUCUGCCCUGGGGAUCUGCACCUCCACCAUAGGAAUGAAAUGUACUCGCUUAGGAGGGGACAGAGAGACCAAGAGCCAUGCUGCCCUUGCUGGAGGAGUCUGCUUCGUGUCUGCAGGGACCUCUGCUUUGAUACCAACGGUGUGGUACGCGAAGAACAUCAUCACUGACUUCCUGGAUCUGACGAUUCCGGAGAGCAACAAACCUGAACCUGGAGGGGCCAUCUACAUUGGCUUCAUUUCAGCAAUGCUGCUGUUUCUCUCUGGCAUCAUUUUCUGCACUUCCUGUCUAAGAAAGGACCCUGAAGCUCGGCCCCGCCCUCCCAGGCAGGAGCAGACCUUUCCCACACAGCGCCAGCACUACCCAGCGCACAGCCUGAAGGACUAUGUGUAG